AUGGCAGAUGAGUUAGCCGGCGUAAGUUCCACAAUGGGCACAAUUAAGGGCGUGAUCUCACCUACAAUAACCUACUUUCUGCUGUGGUUUGUUGCGGUCAUUACUUUGGCAGUAAAUUUUGCCACGAAUGUUUUUACGCGUUGGGAAACAACACCGAUCAUUAUAGGCAUCGAGGCGCAAACGUCGACUAUACGCGAUACCCCCUUUCCAGCCAUCACAAUCUGCAAUAUGAAUCAGGCAUUGCGUAGCAAAAUCGAAAACUAUCCGCGCCAUUCACGGGGCUAUGCAAUGACACAGAAGAUAUGUUUGCAAGAUGUCGACUAUAGCCAAUUCGAUGAUCUGAAACCUGCCUCAAAGGAAGACACGUUCACGAAUUUCAUCUGGCGCAAUGGACAGACUUGUAACAAUAUGAUUGUUUACUGUCGCUUUGGGAACAAAGAAGACCGCUGUACUGAUUUCUUCAGAGAGGUGCUAAUGGAUGAGGGCAUUUGUUGUUCCUUUAAUAUUUUACAUCCAUCCUAUUUAUACAAAGGAAAAUACAUUUUCGUGAGAGACUUCACCUCGUCUGUUGGCACCAUACCAGUCGACUGGAACUUGGAGACUGGCUACGCUGAACAGUUGCCAUUGUACUACUAUCCGCGAAGACCAGCUGGCGCUGGUGUUACCAUGGGAUUCACUUUUGUGCUCAAUGCUAACCUCAGUGAAUAUAUCUGCACUUCAACUUUUAGUACCGGUUUGAAG